AUGAGUCCAGCAACAAAAGGAAAAGUACUUCUCGUUCUCUACAAGGGUGGAGACCAUGCCCGUCAGGUCAAGCAACUUUUAGGAUGUCUUGAGAACGAAUUGGGUAUUCGUGAUUUCAUCGAGAAAAAUGGAUACGAACUUGUUUCUACUGAUAGCAAGGAUCCAAUUGGAGAAUCCGAAGUUGAUGAGCACCUCAAAGAUGCUGAGAUUAUUAUUACUACUCCAUUCUUCCCAGCCUAUAUCACCAAGGAACGUCUUGCCAAGGCACCAAAGUUGAAGAUGUGUGUUACUGCCGGUGUUGGUUCUGACCAUAUUGACUUGAACGCUGCCAAUGAGCACAAAAUCACCGUUACUGAAGUCACUGGUUCCAAUGUGGUUUCGGUUUCUGAGCAUGCCGUUAUGACCAUUUUGGAUUUGGUUCGUAACUUUGUUCCUGCUCACGAACAGGCUGUUAGCAAGGGCUGGGACAUUGCUGGAGCUGCCAAGGAUUCGUACGAUUUGGAAGGUAAGACCGUUGCAACCGUUGGUGCUGGUCGUAUUGGUUACCGUAUCUUGGAGAGAUUGGUGGCUUUCAACCCUAAGAAAUUGUACUACUACGAUUACCAGGACCUUCCCAAGGAUGCAAUUGACAAGUUGAACAAGGCUUCUGAACUUUUCAAUGGCCAUGGAAACAUUGUUGAGAGAGUGGAGAACCUUGAAGAGAUGCUCGGAAAGUCCGAUGUGGUUACCAUCAAUGCUCCAUUGCACGAAAAGACCAAGGGUUUAUUCAACAAGGACUUGAUUUCCAAGAUGAAGGAUGGUGCUUGGCUUGUUAACACUGCUCGUGGAGCCAUUUGUGUUGCUGAGGAUGUUGCCGAAGCUCUUGAGUCUGGAAAAUUGAGAGGUUAUGGUGGAGAUGUGUGGAACGUGCAACCAGCUCCAGACAACCACCCAUGGAGAACCAUGCGUAACAAGUUUGGUGGAGGUAACGCCAUGACUCCUCAUAUCUCUGGUACUUCUUUGGACGCUCAAGCUCGUUACUCUGCUGGUGUUCAGAGCAUUUUGGAGAGUUACUUCAGCGGUAAGCACGACUACCGUCAACAAGACGUUAUCGUCAUUGAUGGAGACUACGCUACCAAAUCUUAUGGUGAAAGACACAAGAUGAAAUAA